GUGUGGGGUGUGCGGGGUGUGCGGGCACGGCGGAGCUCCGGGGGCUGCAGUUCUGCCGCUCUCCUCCUCCUGAGGAACCUGGUGGGGAGGGAUGGAGGUUCCCGGGUACAGCCAUGCCGGGAGAGCAUCCGUGCCUGAGGUGGGGGUGAGCUGUGGGCACAGGGAGCGAUGGAGGGGAUGCUGGCAGGCAUCCAUGGAGCAGCAGAAAAGCAGCUUCUCUUCCUCCCUGCCCCGCCUGCGGGAGCGCCGGUUCGGGCUGACUCCCGGCCCCCACGGGGACCGUCGGCCCGCAGAUGUUCGCUGGACGGAGCACACAGCCCCAACCGCUGGUCACAGGCCUUGUUUGGGGCUUGGAAGCUCCCCUGCUUCCAUCCCCUCCCCUGGCCGUGCUGCCAGCACGCCCGGGGAUGCUCCUGCCCAGCGCAGCCGGGGCUAAGCUGGCCCCAGGUGAGAAGGAAAAGGCAGCAGUUGCAGUAGAAGGAAACAUCACCAUUAAAUGGCACAUCUGCCUGCGGGGACACGGUGCGCUCUGUCCCCAGGGCCCCGGUGGCAGUCUUGGCAGCCCCCCCAGGACACAGCUUUGUUCUCCCGGUCACGGACACACCCCCACUGCCGCCCCCAUGGGGACCGUCCCUGCUCCUCUGCCCCCGAGGAUCCCCGGCAGUGUGAAAAGGCAGCAGGACAAACGCAUUGUGAAAACCACUUGUGGGAAGCGGCGGGGAGCCGCUCCGUAGUAAAGUUCAUUUUGGAAAAAUAUUCGUAAUGGAGUUUCCUCCCCGUGACGGCGGGGCUCCUGCUCGGACUGGCCCCGGCGGAUAUCCCCCUCCCAAAACCCAGAGCAGGGACAAGGGGAGACUGGGUGCAGCCACGUCGGGGCUGCGGCCUUUCCUGGGGUCCCCCCGAGGCCGAGCAUCCCCGGAGGGGAGCGCGGGGGGGGUGGGCUGGCGGCGAGGAGGGGGCAGCGCUGGCGGGGGCAGCGGAAACGCGGCGGAAACGUGAGCUCAGUGCUGGGGAAUGCCGCGGCCGGCCGAGGCGCCGAGGGGACACGGGGAAUGACGCCGGGCCUCUCCCCCUGCACGGCUCCCUCCCCACCGGAGAGUACCUGGCCCAUGAAGGCCCGCGAGGAUGGCGCAGGCUGUGCUCACCCCAUUGCGGGGCCCCGCUGCGCAGCACGGGUGGCGAGGGGCCAGCAUCUCCGGGCAAGCCCCUUCAGCAGCUUCAUCCUUCCCUGGAGCACGGGCCAGGGGCUGCACCCCCGCCACCCCCGGCCGGGCAGCUGGGCAUCCCUUGCCUUGGGGCAGGAAAGGGCAGGAAAGGGCAGGAAGGGGCAGGAAGGGGCAGGAAGGGGCAGGAAAGGGCAGGAAAGGGCAGCUCUCCUCCUUCCCUUGGGAUGCCCCGUGGCAGUGGCGGUGCCAUGGGAGCGGGUGGAAGGACUUCCCGGCAGCACGGAGCUGGGGGUCAGUGCCAGCCCACUCGGUGCCAGCUCCCGUUUCCUGCCACAGCCCCGGCUGCCGCUGUUUAGUCUGCGGCUGGAGCCAGCGCACAUCGUGUCCCUGGGGACCGCGCUCUGCCCGCUUUAAGCCUUGCCCGCAGCCCCAAGGACAGGCUCUGCCCGGGGCUGGCACUGCUCGCUGGGAGCUGCGGGGCGUUUUGCAGCCAUGAGCUACCCUGCAGCCUGCUCGUCUCUUCCUCCCUCCCCAGGGUCUGGCUACUACCUGGAGAGCCGCACCAACGAGGUGUACGCAGAAGAAGCCGCCCCUGAGCCUGCCCUGGAUUACCGUCGAGUGCCCCAGUGGUGCGCCACGCUCAUCAUCCACCGCGGAGAGGCCGCCUGCUACUCGCCCCGGGGCGGCUCGUACCGCAGCAGCCUGGGCACCCGCUGCGAGCUGAGCUGUGCCCGUGGCUACCGCCUGCAGGGGCCCAGCACAGUGCAGUGCUUGCCCAGCCGCCACUGGUCCGGGAUGCCGUACUGCCGGCAAAUCCGGUGCCACGUGCUGCCAGCGGUGCUGCGGGGCUCCUACGUGUGCUCGGCGGGUGUGCAGAUGGAUUCCCGAUGUGACUACACCUGCCUGCCCGGCUACCAGCUGGAGGGGGACCGGAGCCGUGUCUGCAUGGAGGAUGGCCGCUGGAGCGGGAGCGAGCCAGUCUGUGUAGAUCUGGAGCCUCCCAAGAUCCGCUGUCCAGACUCCCGGGAGCGCAUAGCAGAGCCGGGCAAGCUGACUGCCACCGUCUACUGGGACCCUCCCCGCGUCAGGGACUCUGCUGACGGUGUCAUCAAGAGGGUGAUGCUGCGGGGCCCGGAGCCCGGCUCCGAAUUCCCCGAGGGAGAGCAUGUGAUCCGCUACACCGCCUACGACCAGGCUUACAACCGAGCCAGCUGCAAGUUCAGCAUCCGCGUCCAGGUGAGGCGCUGCCCCGUCCUGAAGCCGCCGCAGAACGGGUACAUCUCCUGCACCUCCGACGGCAACAACUACGGUGCCACCUGCGAGUACCUGUGCGAUGGGGGCUACGAGCGCCAGGGCACCUCCCUGCGGGUGUGCCAGUCCACCCAGCAGUGGACGGGCUCCCAGCCCCUGUGUGCUCCCAUGCAGAUCAACACAGAUGUGAGCUCGGCCGCCAGCCUGCUGGAUCAGUUCCACGAGAAACGCCGGCUCUUUGUCAUCUCGGCCCCGGACCCCUCUAACCGCUACUACAAGAUGCAGAUCUCCAUGCUGCAGCAAGCUGCCUGUGGCCUGGACCUGCGCCACAUCACCACCGUGGAGCUGCUGGGGCAGCCCCCGCACGAGGUGGGACGGAUCCGGGAGCACCGGCUGUCCCUGGGCAUCAUCGAGGAGCUCAGGCGCUUCCUGCACCUCACACGCUCCCAUUUCAACGCGGUGCUGCUGGACAAGGCGGGCACGGACCGCGAGCGCUACAUCUCCCCGGUCAGCCCCGACGAGCUCUUCGUCUUCAUCGACACCUACCUGCUGAGCGAGCGUGAGGCGGCCAGGCGGGCACAGAGCGGGGACCCCUGCGAGUGAGCCAGCCCCGGGGAGACCCCCGGCCUGCCCCGAAGGGAUGGACCUUCCCUUGCUGCUUUUCUAGUCGCCACCGUAGAGGAGGAGCAGGGGGGCCAAGGAGCUCCGGGGCAGGGGAGCCCCUCUCUGGCCGUUGUGGCACACAGAGGUGAGCCAGGAGCGUGUGCCAGCAGUGUCCCCUCUGCCCAGCAGCCAGGAGCUGUUUCCAGCUGGGGAUGGUUCAGGACCCUGGCAGGAGACACUGGAGUGUCCCUGCUCAGAUCCCAGGGCAGAGGGAGACGGGGGAGAGUGGCAGGGCAGGGAGGGCAGGCCGGCCAGCAGUGUGACAGCCUCUAACACAGCAGCUUCAGCCUCCCCACGGCUCACCCUGGCCACAACCUGGACCCGAUGCCUCCCACUCUGAAAGCCCUUAUUAAAAAGCAAAUGGCCCCACGCUCAGCAGAGCCCACAGCAGCCAGCCAGCGCCCAGUCCCCCCUCCAGUGACCCUGCCACUGCCUCCCUCUCCCACCACCCACGGGGAACCCUUUCUAGGAGCUGCUUUGGCAGUAGAAUAUUAACUUGAAAUAAAUAAAUUUGU